GCUCUCCUAUGAUGGAGGUUCGUUUUGCUGUCAAUGUAAACUGCAUACAUAAAUUGAGACUAAUCUCAGAAUAUCUGAAAUUGGGAACUGUUUUUUGGAAGUCGCAGUUUGGGAGAAACUCAGAAUCAGAGAAGCUCCAAUUGCGAAUGAUGCCAGAUACACGAUUAACGCAGGUCUGCAUUUAAAGAAAAACGAUGGAUACAAACACUGCUGCAAAAUUCAUAUCUUCUCUCACCAAAUCUUUGCAGUCUUUGAUCCAUGGCUGCCUUGACUUUGAAAGUGACAUUGAACUUGGUGGAUAUAUCUACCUUCGAGUGGAUAAUGCUCAAAAAGUUGAUUAUGUGCUUAAUGAAAAGAUGCAAAAGAAUGCUGUCAAUUCACUAACAUUUUUCAGCAACAGUUUUCAUGCAGUUCCUUUAGGGUUAGCUCCAGAAACUAAAUCUUAUUCAGACACAACAUCUGGACUUAAGGAUCAGACUCAAUCACCUAGUCAUGAUAACUUUCUUGGUCUGCACAAACAAAAAGACUUAGGAGUACCCAGGCAAUCACAGAGCACAUCUAGUGCCAAAAUAAAACAUUUCAAGACGAGCGAAAUACAUGAUAAUCAUAUGAAUACAGAUAACAAUAUUCAGUUAUCAGGGAAUUCAAAGUUAACAGACGUUUCUUCCAAAAGAGAUGGAAGACAAGAUUUAGUUGGCAAUACUCAAGCAAACACACACACAUCUUCAUCAACUGAAGCACAGCCACAGCCUUUAGCUGAUUUCCAGACAGCAUUCCAUUCUUCUGGAAAUGUUGCUAUGAAAAUGAACCAAAAUCAGGACUGCAAAUCAAAGCAAAGCAGAGUAUCAUUACAUCAACAGCAUGAUCAAAAGACAGGACUGUUGCCAGAAUCAGGAGAAAUGGAGGUGGUGUACAUAAAAGCUGAAGAAGAAGAUGAAGUGUUCAGCAUCCCUCUGCAUCCACCAGGGUCUGAAGCAGCAGCAGAUUCACAAAGUAAAGACAGCAGUCUCCCAUUACUCGGCUCAAGCCAGCUACCAUCAUCAGUUCAACUGUCAGAUCUCUUGCAUCAACUGCCUCUUCCCAGUGGUUCACAGCAGAACAAUAACAACCAGCUUGGCUGGGUGGGAAAUUCGUUUCCACAACUAAACCUCCCGGAAACAUUUCAGCUUCCACAGUCUUUGACAGCAAGUGAAACCUUUCAGCAGGGUCAGGUCACUCAAAGAGGAAUCAAACCUCUUGUCCCAGCCUCUGUCCUUAACAAAUAUAGUAGGAUAUCUUGCCAGUUGUGUGGCUAUGUGUCAUUUACUGCAAAAGCCCAUGCACGCCAUACCACCAUGAAACAUUCUAAACGUGGAAGCUUUGUUUGUAAUCAGUGUGGUAAAAGCUUUCACACCAACCUAGGCUUGACACAACAUAUGCAGAGCCAUGGUGGACGUCGGUUUGAAUGUGAAAUUUGUGGAAAACGAUUCCUUUACAAACAUCAUCUUCCUCGACAUCAGCAGGCAGUUCAUGGCAAAGUGACUUACUCUAGCCCUUCACUGCAGUAUAUUGCACAAUGCUGAUGAUUUUUUCCUUUCUACCAUUUCCACACACUGCGCAAACUAGCUGACACCAUUGCAAAUCAGGCACGACUGGAACCCUCAGGGGAAGAGGAGAGUUGGGAGACCAAAGCAGACUUGGAAAAGAACAUUAGAGAGUGAGCCAAAGGACAUCAGAACCACAUGUGCCCAACUGAAUGGGGCUGCCCAAAACCGGGUCCGCUGGCGAGGUGUUGUUGUGGCCCUACGCUCCUCGAGGAGUAACAAGGACUAAACUAACUAAACUAACCAUUGCUUUAGGAAGUUGGUCAUUCUUGUCCAUACCGUUAGCUUAAUGUGGUGUCAGCCAGUUAGGACAUCUGUUAUAUUUUAGAUUGAUGUCUUUUCAAUGACAGUUUUAAAAAGUCAGAGUCUGUGUAAAACUGUUUAUGUACUAUUGUGUUUACCAGCCAUCCCACCAUCACCAUAACACACCAUGUUCUUCAUUUAAAAUAUACCUUGGAGGGUUUUUUUCUGUCUUAAAUCAGGCAGAGUCUAUGCAAAGUGUUACUCAAAACAAUAAAACUGUAGUCUUUGUUCUAUCUUACAAAUAGUUUCAAACCACCUGAUACCACAAGAGCAGUGUUCAUUGUUAGCUGCAUUUCAACGUCCCUCUUAAACUUUAAACUGCAUUAAAAUGCUUGAUUUUCAGUCACAUGUUAAGGGUGUUGCAUUUUUCAAUUUUCUGCCCAUUUAAGACAAAUCUCAAUGCUAUUUCAUGGUGGGGUUAAUGCAUGAUUAUCAUCUGUUGUCUAACUGCUACAGCCAUAGUAAAAUAUACUGAUCUCUCAGUCUCUGAAAGAUGGAUGACCCUUGUAACCCUACUCUCUAGUGUACCAAAUAAAGGUGCAUAUUUAUAUGGAAGAAGUCCUUUGUAACAUUUUUCCUUUUUGCCAUGGCUAUUUCUAGGCAAAUACUGUACUCAUCACUGUAUGCCCUUUUCCUAUCGUCGUUAUUGCAAAACUCAAAAGUUGAAAGAAAUGUUUAAGUACAAAUAAUGUCAGAAAUAAUUGUUUAGGACAUGUUCCAUUAUGCUGCUUUCAUCUGUUUUCACUCAUGCUCUUUGUGGUGAUUCCUCUGUUAAUCUACUGAAAAUUUUCUGAACAGAAAUCCCAGUUGUAACUGCUGAUGUGCAAAUGAUUCAUGCAUGGGGUUGUGUGAAUGGGCUGUUAGUAAGAUAAUGGUCAGUAGUCAUUAGUGCAUAGUUUGUGUCAUGUAGGAUAAAUAUCCAUGCUUUGUAAAUAGGUGAUUGUGCAUGCUUACACAUGUGUGUGUGUACGCCCAUAUGCAGUCAUGCACCUUGUAAUAUCAUUUUGGUCAAUUAUGGACCGCAUAUAUAUGACAAAGGCCCCAUAAGAUUUUAAUUGAGCUGAAAAUUCCUAUUGCCUUGAAACAUCAUAGACUUUGUAAUGUCAAAAAGCACAAGACAUUACUUACAUAUUUGUGGAGAUGCUGGUGUAAACAAGAUCACUAUGCUGCCAGUCAUGUAAAAGUAUAGCUCAGACAUAAUGAAUGAUGAUGAUGAUGCUGAACUACUGUUUUUGUAAGUAUGCUAUGAUGUACUAUGUUAAAAAUACCUAACAUUUCUCAGAACAUAUUUUCGAUGUUUAGUGAUGCAUGAGUAUAUACAUAUAGAUACAUGGUGUUUACAUAGCACAUACUUGCACAUGUGUAGGUUCAUGCAUAUGCCUUAUGAUGCAAACAUGCAUGCUGCCUCAGGAUCAUAAAUGUUUGUGAUUGCAUGCUUGCACUCACAGAUACAGUAGAGAGAUUGGGUGUGUGUGUACACACACACGUGUGAUCCAGACAUGCUCAGGCUUAUAUAAAUAUGUUUUUGUGUUCACACAUAUGUACAAUUGUGUUUCUGUAAGAAUGUGUAUUCAGUGGGUAUAAAUAUACAUGUAUCUGUAACACUACACUUUCAGAACUUGUACCUGAUCACAUUAGUACUUUAAAAUUUUUUUUUUUUUUAGAUGCCAAAGAUAUUAAUUUUAUUUUCAUAUAGAAACAAAUGACAGAUGUGAACAAUAUCUACUGAACAGCUCUGUACUAUUAUAUCUGUCCAACGGCCAGGUGCUGCUGGUAGGUCUAUGGAAUGUUUGCAUGAACACUAUUAGGAUAGAUUUCCAUGAAAGGGCACGUGAAAGCCUUAAUGCAUUCUCACAGAAAGAUAUGAAAUAAUAAUAAUGUAAACUUAUAAUUCACAACAUCACAACCAAGAUAGAUCACUCUCUCACGUGCAUUUUAUUUUUACUGUUUUAUCUAUAAGCUAGCAACACCAUGUUUUGUUAAAUUUUUUCUCAGAAGUUAAAGCAAUGGCCUUUUUCUCGAACCUGGAUUGGGAUUAGGCUGGAAAGAGCCUGCUUUUAUUCCACACCCAGACAAUGACAUGGACACGUCAUACUUUGACCGUAAGCUCUGAUGGCGUUAGGAGUCACAAGGAGAUUGCAAAGUCAAUUUUUUUAGCAUCAAGAGAAACCUUAAGAAUUAUGAACAAUUGAACACACUUUAGAGAUGUGGCAUGACAGCGAACUGACGCUUCUUGUUUUCCUUUGCUCGCACUGGAUCAAAAGUAAUUGUCUUUAACUUGAAGGUCUUUGGUUGAAAAAGUUUUUUAUGUGCUCAUGUAAUUCGAAGUUGAGCUGCCUCCUGUCUGGCUCUGUCAAUUUGGAUGCCACGUAGGCAAAAUACUGGUACAACGAUUCAGAAGCAAACAUUCCGGCAUCUGUCACCCUUGCCUCUCUGGAAACUCGAUAAGAAUUUAAAUUUACUUCGUCUGUCCCAUUUCGGGAAUCCUCCAGAGUAUUCGAAUCUUCAGUGCUUGUUGAGACACUUUUAUUCUGGGUAUUUGGUCGACUUUUCUUCUCCUUGGUUUCUGAAGUGGACGUUGAUGCCCUCUUCUGAGUCUCUUUGCUUUCCAUGCCUUAAAAAACUGCAGCGAUGUUGAAUUUUGCGAGAAGAAAUAGUGUCAACGACUGUUUUUAGGUGUUUGAUGAUCUAGUACUUUAAAAUUUAGUUAAUAUUUAAAUUAUGAUUGACAUUAUUUCAACAUCUAAAAACACAUAGCAUCUUAUCAAUUUUGGCCAUAGGAUGUAGAUAAAAGCCUAGACAUUGAUCUAGUUUGUAAAAAUAUGUCCAAACAUACUAUAAUACAUUGAAUUAAAAAUUAAAAAUAGUAUUUAUAGGCAAGACACCAUGGUAAGUAACAGUGUAGUUGCUGCUGGCAGCAGAAGACAACCAUGCAUACAUUUUGCUCAUGAAAAGAACUAUGGAAGAAAAUCCCUCAAUGAACAAUUUCCAUUAAUGUUGCAUAGUUGAAUUGUAAUUUCUAGAAUUACUAUCAUUUGCUACUGUCCUUCCAAAAAUAAAUCAUUAAAUGUUGCAUAAGUCAGUUCUGUAUACAUCAGUCUAAUUAUACACUUUUGGAAAAUACUUGAAGCUGUGACCUUUUUUCAGUAUGUGCUGUUAUUUAUUGUAAUCACCAUCCAUUUUCAUUUUUGUUGUGCUAUGUUGGAUCAGGACUUAAAAAGCAGAUAUUCCUGUCCAUUUUUUGUAUGAACAACACCAAUAGCUGUGCUCCCUUUUCGUGACCAGAAACAUUGUAUCAAUCACAGAUAAGCACUGCAGUGCCACUGUGGAACUGACUACUAGCAGAUGAUGUUCCAUUUGCUUAAGUUGUUUUUCAUUUUUUACCUGUUUUUAGUGAUCCACACAACUGUAUCUAUGCAUUUGAAGUGUGUGUACAUGUGCAUGCAUGUCUUCCAUAAUAACUUUUUAAAAGCUAAAACACUUACAAAUAAAAAAAAAUAAUGAAAAGAUUGUGCUCCAUUAGCCUCAAAAUCCCUCCAAAAGUUCAGCAGUAAGUGUUAACACUUUCCCACUUAAGAAUCAAGUUCCACAUGGUGCUGUUUCUUUCUAUCUGCUAGUAAUAUGCUUAAUGGUGUGUUAAUAUGUUAUACAGUUAGGAGAGGCAUUUAACCAUUAGAGCAUGGUGAGCCACAAUUGUGGCUUUGCGAGGUAAUCAUGGGGAAGGCAGAUUUUCAUUACUUUUUAUUGCAAAGUUUAAGCUUUCUCCUUUCCAAAAAUGUAUAGUUUUCUUGGUCUAAUUUUUACCUGAGAGCAGCAAUAAUAAAAACAAACUUCACUCACAGUCUUCAGUUAUUAGCCAGUCUUUGUAAUACUUAUACUUUUAUGUCUUGCUCAGAGGGUUAAGUAGAUAAUAAGUAAUGUGAUGUGCUACAGACAUAAAGAUAUUUUGUUGUAGUAUUUAAUUUAUGUUGUUGAGUGAUAUGUCUAAAAAAUAAAGCCUGUGGAAUAAAGGAAUAAAUAAUAAUAAGGGAUUUAUAUAGCCCAUGAUCAUGCUUAUGAAGGACCAUGCGCUCAGUGCUUGAGUUGAGAGAAUAAAGUGAUGAAGUGAAGCAUAAGCCAAAAAUGAAAGCAGCAGAGUAUUACCUGCAAUCAAUUUAAUUUCUUCAACUGACAUGCUUCAAAUUGCAAAACAGUUAAGGGAGAAAUAAAUCUAUCGUGCACAAGCAUUUGGAUAGCAGAAAACUUAAUCUCAGGAAUCGUUUAAAACAGGUUCUUAUCAUUUAAAAGCUAUGUUCCAUUAAAAUUUAUCUUACUCAAUCGGCAGUUACGCUUGUUUUGAAACCCAUUUAAAAGAAUUGCCAUUACUGUGUGUGUGUGUGUGUGUGCACUAUCUUUAAAAGACCAAAAUUCUAUGGACAAAGUAGGCUUUUUUUCUUUUUUUUUUUUUUUUUUUUAGAGUCAAGGCUACAUUAAGAUAAACACUUCAGGUUGUGUUAAUUUGAAUUUUGAGUGAUGUACCUAUUUCAUGACAAAUGUUGUGGUUUUGUAUAAAUGUGUUUUACAUGUUUUACAUGUAUUUGGCUUCAAAGUAAUUUUGUCACUGAUCUUGCAGUUUUCUUUCAUUUCCCCACUGAAAACUUUUUUUUUUCACUUCAAUUUCUGUACUUUUUGACAUUAUGUACCUCGGAACAAAAAAAGCAUGGUGCAUAGAGAUAAUUUGGUGGUGAAAUGGGCUACAUCAGAAAGAUCUUUACUUUGUUUUACAUAACUUUGUUAGCCCUUUAAUCAUGUCAUUGAGCACCAUUUCCUUGUGCAUGUGUGUGGGGGUUAAGAUGGAGAAAGAGCUUUCUCAAACAAAUCUUUAUGUCAUCUCUAACUUAGCAUCAAAUAUUGAAUUUUUCUUUGACAGUGUUUUACACUUUGGAAACUUAACAGUUUCAAAGGCAGGUUAAACAUGUAUAAAAUAAAUGUGUACAAUAAUCUUUAUUAUUGAUUUAUUAGUUUGGCUGCAACAAUUCAUGUUGUAAAAAUAAAACUCUUGACAACCC